AUGGGCAAGUGGGUCCCACGAAAAUCGACGGGCAAGCGCGUCACCAAGGACAGCAAGGCGAAGGGCAAAUAUCCUCCAGGUGUACCGUUUUACAAGUUGCCCUUGAAGGCGUUUCUCCGCAGCUGGCCCGAUGAGGAUGGCUGCAUGCUCCUGACGGACAAGCAAGCGCCGACGGAAUACUUCACCACCUCCACGCUGACCGAGCAGCUUACAGCAGAGUCCUCGGAGUGCAUCGCUCGCCCAGGCCUGGGCAUCAGCAUGGCCUCUGCCUCGUUGGAAUGCUGCGCAGCUGCCUUGGCGGUGCUUCCUUCAUCGUCUGAGAAGAAGUUCGGGCAAACUGGAAUUCCAGCUGUCAAGAAGCUCUUGGAGCCCUUAGGCAGUGCUUUGGCAGCCGUCAACCUGUCAAACAAGGCGUGCUCCUCUGCAUCUUCUUUGAAGCAGCACGCCGAGAAGGUGCUGAAGAAGCUUGGAAAGAAGGAAGCUCUGCAGCAACGGGUGAAGGACUUCGCUCGAUUGGCAGACACAGCCUCACGCAUGUACGCUGGCGCUAUGGCUGGUUUGGAGCUUUGCGCUCUCGCAUCCAACCCGAAGGCGUGGGCGAAGAAGAUCCCGAACGAGCCCAAGCAGGACAAACCCGUCCGCAAGUUCAUGCAGAAGAAGACUUUGGACAGUUGCGUGGAAGCCGUCGCGGCGACCAACGCGGCUCGCCUGGAAGCAAAAGCUCCCCGCAAGAAACGGGCUUUCGGAGACAGCAGCGAGGAGGCAGCUGGCAAGGAGGAGUCCGGCUCUGAGUCGGAGGACAAUUCCGAAGCCAAGGAGUCUGGCAGCGAAAGCGACCACAAAUCUGGCUCCUCCUCGUCUUCCCACUCCCGUGGAAGUGAUGAGAAGAAGAAGAAGAAGGAUAAGAAGAAGCUGAAGAAAGCCGAAGCUCCGAAGAAGCGGGCCACAUCGACGAGGCCGGCGGCCGUUGAGCUUUCCUUGGAGGAUCAGGAAGAGGAGGAGGAGGAGGAGGCAAAAACUCCGGGGCUCGACCCACAUCUGUCCUGGGCAGAGCCAGAGGUGGCCAAGUUUGCUGCUGAGUUGCAGACCAUGGUGGCAAACCAGGACAACAAAAAGAAUAGGCUGCCAUUGUACACGCUGGUCGCGCUGCUGGACAACGUGCCCGAGGCCGUGCUGACGGAGCACGGGCUGGCCAAGGUUCUGCAGACGUUGAAGCAGAUGACGCGCCUGCCGAAGAAGGAGAAGCUGAUCCACAUCUUCGAUAGCAUGCAGGACAUGGCGGCCAAGGCGAACAGCAUUCAUGAGCAGGUUCGGCUUGCGGCGGACGCCGGCUUGCCCGAGGAGGGAGGACUGCCAGAAGCGCCUGCGGGCGUUGAGGUCGUGGCGAACGAGCCAGGAGAGGUCGCAGAUGGAAAAACACGGUUCCCCAGCUGCACGCAUGCCCGGGCCUUGUCGCUGCAGUUGUCAAAGCCAUGCCCUCCGUGUGUCCUGGCACAGCGGCAUCUCCUUGUUGCUUCUCUGCGCAGAGCCCUGGACGUGCAGCGCAACGAGGUCUUCUGCGAUCCGGACCGCUUGGCUACCGCCUGUGUCCAGCCGCGCUCGCGUGGACAAAUCAAGCGCUUGCUGCUGGCCUUGACGCCCGACUACCAACGCCUGGCCUUGGAGCGCGUGCCGGAGGACUUCCGUGGCUACUUCCAAGCAGAGCUGGCCAAGCCCAAGGUGUGCAUCGGCAUGAACGGCGAGCGCUGCACCUUUGCUCUUGCAGCGCGUGGAGGCCCAGCUCGGGUCAUGGGUCGAAGCACGCGCUGCCUGUUCUGUCGACCUGAAGAUCUAUGGCCACUGUGCAUGGAGGAAGCUGGCAAGCGAGAGGCCGUUCAGCCAAGCGUUUAUGCUCUUUUUCUGUGUGACGUACAGAAGUGCGCAGAACAUGAAUGCAGAAACAUACUCUUGCAGGUUCUGGGCAAGCUCCGGCGCUUAUCAGUGGCUGCCCGCGCCCGUGCUUUGGAAGAACGCCUGCCGCCCGACGCGGUAGAAUAUUUUGAAGCGCAGCUGCAGGGUCCGGCGCCCAAGCGCGCGGCUGAGCGGGGUGGCCGGCGUCGGCUGGACAGGCAGGAGCUCCCCGUCUUGUGGAGAGGCGCCCUGGCAUCGCGGCAGCCAGCUGCAGCCCCAGCGUCGGCUGCAACGAAAAAGAAAUAUCGAGAGCAGGUUCUGGCAGACAGGGCUCGGGCACGGCGCCGCAUGGGCCAGCCUUCAAAGCGAACGCCAGCUGGCGAGGCCGUCGAGAACACCGCUGGGUUGCCCCCGGCGAAGCGCCGCCGGCUGGCCGAGGACUUCGAGCGUUGGUGCCUUUUCGACUCCUGGAGCAUGUGCGAGAAUUGCGGCCUCCUCGCGCCUCGCGACCUCACAGAGAGCACGCUCAACAAACCCCAGCCACCCACAAAUCCUUCCGGCAAGUGCUCUAGAUGCAACGCAGCACGUGCGCAGCCGGUCGUGACGCUGGCAGAUGUGCCAGAGGUUCUGCGUGAGCUGUCUGUAGAGGCUGCGCAAGCUUUGUCGCCCUUGGAGAUCGACGUGGGCCCGAUCGUGCGCGCAGAGCACAAAUCCGGCUACCGCCAGAAGACGACCAUGAUCCGCUUCCGCUGGCAGACGACUACAGUGAAGAAGCGCAUCAAGCACCUGCAGGACGUGAACAUGCGGACGAAGGCCCGCGCAGCUUACGACUUCUUGAUGGCCUCGGAUGACACACCCUAUGCGACCUUUGUGGCCGAGCACGCGGAGUUUCUGGAAGAACACCGCGCUGACGAGCUCACUCGCCGUCGCCGGCUACAAUUCAUUGAACGCGUCGGCGUGGAGUGCGCCCUCUGGCCUGGUUUGUUCUGGGAUGUGAAGCGCACCUUCACUCACGAGCGUGCCACGGACCCCAGGCGGGUGAUUCGGCAGGAGCGGGCAGCCACCUUGGAGCUGGCAAAUGAGGAGGACGCAGAAGCAAAUGACGCCACGCGCCACAGCAUGAAACGGCUCUUUGCUGCCUUGGCACUGGGUCGUCUCCUGGGCUAUGCUGCAGACUUCGAGCUGCUCCAGUUCGUCUAUGACCUCAACCUCUGGAGCAGCAUCGGUUCCAAGAAGAACCUGCAGCUGCCAACGCCGAUGCGCCUCACGCUCAAGGGCGAGGCCUUCAGCCCUCACUAUUGGCGUGGAGUGCACUAUGCCUUGCUGGACAUGGUGCGGCAGAUCGGCUACCCUCGCAUCUUCUUCACCAUCGCCCCCUACGAAUGGAGCUUCCCCUAUCACGAGUGGGUCCGCGACGAGAUGCAGAAGAUGCUCAAGGAGCGCCUCUUCCUGCCGGUGGCGGAGACGCUGCACAUAGUGCACGUCAUGGUCCAAGCUGUGAAAGGCUUGUUGUUGGGGCAAACGGGGGGACAUGGGCACAAGGCGUGGAAGAGCAACAUCUUCCGCGUUCUUGACGAGCGGGGACAGGCCUGUCGCCUGCACUUCUUCCUGCGGCUCGAGUAUCAGGAUGGCACUCGCAAGGCAGCCACGCAGGACUACCACGGCUCGGGCCGGGUCCACGUGCAUGUCGUCAUCUUCGUGAAGCCUGAGCACGUCGAGCAGCUGGAUCUGGCGGAGACCGUGUCCGCCACUUUGCCCGAAGACGCGGACCUCCGUGGCUACGUCGAAGGCAGCCAGUACGAUCAGGAAAAGAAGAGCGGCUGGCCCAUCCACGAGGCACCAGGCUGGUGCAUGGCGCUUGCAGCACACGGAGGACGACCAUGCCGAGGGCCUGCGCCCCUACCUCGUCGACCUCAUGGAGGUGCUCCGCUGCCACCAAGACUUCCAGAUGUGCGACGACGACGGCCUACUCCGCGCCUACGUCACCAAGUACGUCAGCAAGUUCUCGGACGCGGCCAGCGAGGAGUGGCUCAACGACGAUGCUGA